AUGGAUCUCAUCAGGAAGCCUGUCCGUGUCGUGACGUCGAAACCAGCGCGACAGACAUACCUAAACACGAUCCUGUUCAUGAUCACAUCGACGAUACUGCUGGGACUUGCUGCCUUUGCAUAUAUUCUAUUCUACCUGAAUUAUGUACCGCAGAUUGGCAUUGAAAGGAUUAUCCAUCUGCAAUAUGGGCACGCUAACCCCUCUCUCACAAUGGCGAAAGCUAACCUUGCACUCAAAGUGACGGACCCCAUCCUGUCCUCAUCUGAAACACUCUUUUCCCUACCCCUCUACCUUCUUGGACUGAAGCGUGAAUCGGAAAUUCUGCACAUCCCGAUGGCAGAACUGGCUACCUUUCCAAAGGGAUGGAAGAACAUUCCAGGUUACGCGAUGCUGGAACUACAGUCGGAACAAGAAGUGCAGGUUUACGAUGUGCGAAUUCAGUUUCAGGCACGAUUCGGAGGACUGAGGUGGAUUAUGUAUAAUCACCGGAUAAUCUCGUUCGUGGGCUUUACAUUCGCAUUCUGGAUGUCAGAAUGUGUCUUCACAAUACUGGGUUGGCUGGCUUUGCGAACUCUGUUCUCCAGCAGUGGAGAAAAGGUGAAGAAGGAAGUGAAGGGUGAUGAGACGGAUACAACGGCUAUCAAAAAUGAAGAAGAUGAGGAAGAACCAGAUUUAUCAGAUACGCCGAGGACGUUUCCUACAUACGGACGACAGCCACCACUAAGGUACACGCCAAAGAUCAAGGAUGAAGAUAGUGAGGAGUACAUUAUUGAUGAGACGGCUAUUCAGCCUCUUGCCGCCGAGGCAGAUGACGAAGACGAUGAAGAGUUCCAACACAGAAGUGGAAGAACAGACUCAGGUAUUGGAACGAGUUUUAGUGAAGGAGGAGAGAGAAGUGGGGCCUCGAUCGGCGAUUGCCGUGCAUGUGAGGAUGAGGCUGAGCUGAAUAACCUCAACGCCCAGCUCACUUUUCUUCUGUUACUGCGUGCAGAACCAACUCACGGCGAGUAUAAUUGCAGCACGCACAUUUUGCUAGUCCAGCCUUCGAAGAGAACGACCUUCUCACCGAGACGAGCGGAACAAGUCUGUAGUCUGAGUGCAAUGUCCGGCCUCGAAAUCGUAGCCGCUAUAGCAAGCAUCGUCUCCGCCUUCAACGGUUCCAUCUCAAUAUAUCGCUCAUGGAGAGACAAACGUAAUGAACGCAAAGAACGCAAAGAGAACCAGACACUAGAACGAUCCCUCAAGAAAGGAAAGACCACAAUCCGGCACGAAUACGACGCCCAUUUCGCAAGGCUGGGGCAGCAAUUUGCGGUCGGUGAUGCUCAGGCAAGACUGGAAUUAUUCGGCUAUAUCAUUAAACUUCAGCAAACUAUCAUGACGCUCAUGACUGAGUCGAAUUCGACAGCUUCGGUUGUACUGCCUUGUUUUCCUGGUGUGUUGGAGAGCUCGGAGAGUACACGGAGGGGAGUUUUGACUACGCUUGGAGAGCAGUAUCAGCGAAUGGCGCAAGCACGGCCUCUUCUUUCGCCCGGCUCUAUACAGCACUCGUUUGGGCCACAAGGGGUCAAUGUGCAACGUCCACAGGAUCGCAAUGUACAGAGGGCACCGGAAACACUCCAGUCACCAUAUAUGCCACAGCUUAGAUCCACAAAUCGAAUGACAGGGAGUAUACGAACAAUCGAAGUAGAAGGGCGUGACCAAUCGUCUAGUUCCGACUUUUCGCUUUAUUUCACAGAGGCAAUUCGCAAGAAUGAAGAACGUGAGCGGCAGUCCGCCUCUGACUUCUCAAGCUAUAUUGCCAAAAGAGCUCGAGAAAUAGAAGAACGUGAGAAACAAGCUACCAACGAUUGGCUACUUUAUAUCGAUGAAGAAAAACGCAGAAGAGCAGAAGAGGAGCGGCAAGCUACUGACACUUUUCUGCGUUAUAUCGAUGAGGAAAAACGCAACAAAUCUAAACGUGAAGAGCAAAGGACCGACGACUGGGUUCUUUGGAUGGAUUUAGAGGAGCGUAGGAAACAAGAGUAA